CUUCUGGGUAGACUUUCUUUCACAUGCCCGGAAUUCCCACAACAUUUGUUUUCAGCCGCGGUGUGUUUGUGGAUCAGACUCUCCUUGUCGUCGCCAUGCCUGUUUUGUGGGGAAUCAUACAGUGGGCUUGUUUCUGCAUUGUGCUUGCAGCACAGGGGCAAGAAGCUCUGCUUGUUUCCCGCAGAGAUGCGCUUGUGGAGGAAUUUCACAGAGCUGCAAGCACCAAGUCGAUAAAGAAAAGAAGCACCAAAUCUGAUCAUAUGGUGGAGGUGCAGUCUUUCAGAAUUGACUGUGCCGUGACGUCACGUUUCGCUCACACCGUCAUGACCUCCAAGGCUCUCAACAAAGCCAACAUCUCCCAGGAAAUCUUCUUCGAAGUGGAGCUGCCAAAGACGGCUUUCAUCACCAACUUCACCAUGGAAAUUGAUGGCCAAGUUUAUGUUGGAGAGGUGAAGGGGAAAGAGAAAGCCAAAAAAGAGUAUGAGAAGGCGGUUUCUUCAGGAAAGACUGCUGGACUGGUCAAGGCAUCUGGAAGACAGAUGGAGCAGUUUUCUGUGUCUGUCAACAUUGCAGCAGAAAGUCAUGUCGUUUUCGUUUUGACCUACGAGGAGCUGCUUCAGAGGAAACUGGGCCGGUAUGAGCUUCUGACCCGGGUGAAACCCAAAGAACGUGUUCAAGACUUUCAGAUCACAAUUCGCAUCUUUGAGCCUCAAGGCCUGACGUCAGUGGAGGCGACAGCAACAUUCCUCACGAACCAGCUGCUCUCUCUAGUGGAGAAAACUGUCACCGACACGAAAGCCUAUAUUACUUUCUCACCAACAAUGGAGCAACAAAAGAAAUGUCCGUCAUGUGAGGGCACUCAAAUUGAAGGAGAUUUUAUUGUCAAGUAUGAUGUCGAACGAAAAGAAAACCUUGGCGAAGUCCAGAUGGUGAACGGUUACUUUGUGCACUUCUUCUCCCCACCUGAAUUACCCACAGUCCCAAAAAAUGUUAUAUUUGUGGUUGACAGGAGUGGCUCUAUGAGCGGCACAAAGAUCCGACAGACCCGCGAAGCCCUGGCGGCCAUUCUGAAGGAUCUCCACGAGGACGACCACUUCACUUUCAUCCUGUUUGACGAUAGAGUUGACACCUGGCAAAACUCCGUCGUGAAAGCGACAAAAGAGGAUGUGACUAAGGCCAUUGACUAUGUUGGGAAACUGAACGAGAGGGGAUCUACUGACAUCAACAGUGCACUAUUGGAAGCGGUGACACUGCUGAAGAAGGAAAGAGAAUCGAAACGGGUUCCCGACAGGAGCAUGGAUAUGAUUAUUCUGUUGACGGAUGGGAUGCCAAACAGCGGGGUGUCCGACCUGACGACGAUCCAGGAGAAUGUACGCCGGGCUAUUGGUGGAAACAUGUCUCUGUUUUGUCUUGGAUUUGGAAAUGAUGUGCAGUAUUCCUUUCUGGAUGUGCUGGGCAAACAGAACAAAGGGUUGGCCCGCAGAAUCUUUGCGGCCUCGGAUGCAGCUCUUCAACUCCAAGGUUUUUAUGAAGAAGUGUCCAGUCCACUACUCUUGGAGGUGAACCUGAAGUAUCCGGGUAAUGCCGUAGACUCGUUGACCCAAAAUCACCAUAGCCAUCUGUUCAACGGUUCAGAGAUUGUGGUGGCCGGUCGUAUUGACGAGCUUGAUAAUUUCCUCGUGGAGGUGUUUGCGCAGGGGCCAGAGGAAGAUUUCCAAGUGCAGGGCAAGGCCAAAGUGGACGACUGGAACGUGAUCUAUCCAGAAGACAAGUACAUUUUUGGGGACUUCACCGAGCGUCUGUGGGCUUACCUCACCAUUCAGCAGCUCUUGGAGAAGAGUCGCAUUGGAAGUCAGCAGGAAAAUGAGAACUUCACUGCCCAGGCAUUGGCUAUGUCGCUGCGCUACAACUUUGUCACGCCGCUCACCUCCUUGGUGGUGAUCAAGCCUGACAGUGAGGACAAAGCAGGUGGCCCCCUCAUUGCUGACAAGCUGACAGAGGAUCAACGGCAAAGAGCAGAGAGCCAAAGAGUUCAAGAACCGAGACAUCAGGGUUCCUCUGGCCGUGCGGCAAGUUCACGGCAACAAUCAAAUGUGGAUGGUGAUCCACAUUUUAUGAUAGAAGUUCCAGACAGAGAAGACGCCUUGUGUUUCAACAUCAAUGACAAACCUGGGACUAUUUUCAACCUGGUCCGGGACCCCAAGUCAGGUUUUGUAGUGAAUGGCGAGAUUAUUGGCAAGAAGAAAUUUGUCCCGGGUCAAAAGAUGUACACCUACUUUGGUCGUCUUGGAAUCCGCCACAAGGCUUUGGGGGUAAAGCUGGAGGUCAACACUCAGGAGAUCUUGCUGUUGCAUGAGGGGAAACAAGUCAAGUUACUGUGGACGGAUUUUGCCUCUCUCAAAGACACCAACAUGGACCUUCGUCUGACAAAGAACUGCAGCCUCACAGUCACACUGAGGCACUCGGUCAAGUUUAUGGUCAUCAGACAUACAAAGAUAUGGAAGAGGCGCCACUAUCAGCAGAACUAUUUGGGUUUCUAUACUCUGGACAGCCACCAUUUGUCCAACGCCGUUCAUGGAUUGCUAGGCCAGUUCUACCAUGGGGUUGAUUUUGAAGUGUCCCACUUAAAAUUGGGGAAGAUGCAGCAGAAAACGGACGCCACCAUGUAUGUGAAAGGGCAGACGCUCAAUGUGACCAGACACUGGCAGAAGGAUUUCAGCAAAGAUAUGAUCGAGGGGCAAAGAAUUCCCUGCUGGUUUGUCGACAAUGAUGGAGGUGGUCUCAUUGACGGCAAAGCGUCCGACUACAUUUUGCCCAGCCUCUUUUAAAGAAAUAUAUAUAUAUCAACAUCUAUGAUAAUCAUUUAUCAUUUCUAGACCCACAUAUUAUACUGUGGGAGAUUGUGGUUACCAUUGGAUAAAGAAUGUUUUGUAGUAUGGGGAGCUGCAAAUGUUAAAGAAUGUUAUGGUGGGUUAUUCUUGCAUACCCCAAAAUUGCUCUCAUGAAAGGAGCAACGCACUUAUUUUUUUAACAAUGUAAAUUGGGGUCAACUGCAAGCUGAGUGGAACUGUGGAAAAUGGUAACCCUGAAUGUAAAUGUGAGUGCAUGUGUCUGAAAAUCUGAGUGAGAGAGCAAAUUUUAUUUUUCUCCAGCAAAGUGCUGUUUUAUAUGGCUAAAGUUCUACAUUGCGUGUAAAAAUAAAUAAAAGCCAUAUUUUCACAAGUA